GAGGAGACUUACUUUGCUAACAAUUUCAACUGGAAAGUCGAGCGUAACUGUUGUUGUUUAAUUACAAUGAAUUGAAGAUAACUAACCAUGAAUUCCAACGUUAAAUUAGUGUUUAUAUUGUACUGUAUUAACGUGUGUUUUGCGGGUAUUGGCAAUGUAAUCACAUCUGAGGAUAGAGAAUAUGAUGUAAUUGAUUUUAAAGUACCUAAAAGUGUUUGGAAACAAGCAAUACAUCCAGUACCGAUAUUAAAAUCACCAGUCACUAUAGUUUUGCCCGUAGAAGUCCCGCAAGAUUAUGACAACGAUGAAGAAGAUGAAGAAGAUGAGGUAGAUGAUGAAGUUCCCAGUCCAAUCGAACCGGUCACAACAGUAGAAAAUGAUGUAAUCAAUGAAGAUGUAAUUCAAGAAGUUACUCAAAGCCCAAUUACCACAAUAGCUGCCAUAACACCAGCACCUGUUGAAGAGAAUGAAGUUUCUGAUAAUCCAGUGGAAGAAAUUGAAGGCCAAGUAGUGAGAUUCCCUUGCAAUUGUGUGAAGCGACAAUGCGGGUGCUGUACGGGAUCAAUUUUAGAAAGAGUAAGAAUGAAAGCAUGUGGAAAUAUAACUUUUGUACCAGAAGAUUUUAUAUUCGACGUAAGACUAAGCGUUAACAACAAUACAGUCGUUCGACGUAGAGUAUCAGCAAGUGAUCCUCCCCCGAUUUGCUUCAAUCCCAGGAGAGCGCCCUUCGUUCGUGUUUGUGCAGAAAUCUCCGACAUUCGUAUCCGGAAUGGAAAUACAUUUGCUUGUUUAGACAUAAACGCGGACAUAGCUGGAUUUCCUAUUUAUUCGGCUUCGUUUAGGUGUUUUGGUUUUGGCUCAUCAGGAGUUCAAACAGGCCUAAAGCCUAAACCAGUAUCUUCUGGACCGAAACCGAUAAAUCUUUUUGGUAGUGGAAGUGAAGAUAGCGGUGGUGGGUUUUUAGAAAAUGCCGCAGGUACUCUUUUAGGUGAUGGUGAUGGUGGAGGCCUUUUCGGUCGACCCGGCGGUGGACUUUUCGGUGGAAGACCAAACAAUAAUGGACCUCUCGAUGACAUCGGUGAUGCUAUUGGAGAAUUUUUCCAAUAAGACAUAUCAAUCACUUAAAUAUAAAACAAAUCGUGUCAGUGAACUCAAUCCAAAAAAAAAUAUAGUCAAAUUGUAAAU